AGCAACGCUCUGUCGCUGGAAAAAAAUUCCUGUAGGGAAGCGACAGCGCCGAACUCGGGAACUGUGGGCUCGGCGGAAAGGAGGACAGCUGAACGGCCGAGAGAGGCGAUUUUCCGCACCGUCCCUCCACCGCUGGUCCGUUUUUCCAGGGAAUCAUGUUGCCUUCCCGAUUGGACCCGCUAGCCUGUUAGUUCUUCUCUGCCUGGACUAAUCAUCGGCUCAGUCAUGAAUCACACGCCCAGCCCCCACAUGGCCGAAGCCGCCAAGUCUGGGGCGGGCCUGCUCUGUGGUCUGGGUCUGGGGCCGGACCGGGUACGCUCCCCGGACAGCCUGACCCACACACCUAGCCCCACGGGUGGCACACCCAGCUCCAGCCCCCCUUUGCUGCUGUCUCCAGGGCUGGGCUGCGAGGGCGCCGGUGGUGACUGGGAGAGUCGUGAGGAACUUCGUCUGCGCGAGCUGGAGGAGGCUCGGGCGCGGGCCGCUCAGAUGGAGAAGACCAUGCGCUGGUGGUCGGACUGUACGGCCAACUGGAGGGAGAAGUGGAGUAAAGUCCGUGCUGAGAGGAACCGGGCACGGGACGAGGUCAGGCAGCUGCGGCAGCGUCUAGAUGCCCUUACGAAGGAACUGACUGGGGUGCGCCGCGAACGGCAGGAACUGGUGGCUGAAAAUGAGCAGCUUCGUCUCGAGGCCCAAAGGCUCCGGGCUGACCAGAGCUCCCCAUCCAACGCCCCUGUCUCUGCACCACCAUCCAACUCCUCCACAGCCUCUUCCCCCUCGAACCAGCCAGCUGGCUCGGACAGUAAACAGCAUAGCCAGGAGGAUGAGAGGGUGGGAGAAGGUCCAGGCUCCCCAGAGCCAGAACCUGUCAGGGAUGUGGGAAAUGAGAAACCAGAAAGGCAAAAGGAGCUGCAGCUGUUGGAAGCUCUGCUGAGGGCCAAGGCGGAGUCUCCGGACUCGUGGGAUGCGCGCAGUGCCAGCAGUCUGCGCACGGCUCUCAGCCGGCAGGACCGGAACAGGCUGCUGUGGGACGACCUGAGUAGCCUGGAGGAGGACUCCACCAAACUCAACGCCCUCCAGCUACGCCUGGACGAAUCCCAGAAAGUUCUGCUGAAGGAACGCGAGGAUAAACAUGCACUCAGCAAAAGCAUUGAGAAACUGGAGGCUGAGCUGAGCCAGUGGAAACUGAAAUAUGAGGAGCUGAACAAGAGCAAACAAGAGGCUCUUAAACAGCUGAACCUGCUGAAGGAGGUGCAUCAAGAUGAGCUUGGCCGCAUGUCUGAAGAUUUGGAGGAUGAACUUGGAGCUCGCACGAGCAUGGACAAGAAACUGGCUGAGCUUCGAGCAGAGAUGGAACGUCUGCAGGUGGAGAACGCAGCGGAGUGGGGCCGACGGGAGCGGCUGGAGACGGAGAAGCUGGCGCUGGAGCGCGACAACAAGAAGCUGCGCGCCCAGAUGGAGGACCUGGAGGAGCAGCUGGCGCGCAAGCGCAGGCAGGCGGCCAGCGCCCUGGACACUGACCUCAAGACUAUCCAGAGUGAGCUGUUUGAGAGGAACAAGGAGCUAGCAGACCUGCGGCACGUCCACACGAAGCUGAAAAAGCAGUACCAGGAGAAGAUGGCGGAGCUGGCCCAUGCUAACCGGCGGGUGGAGCAGCACGAGGCUGAAGUAAAGAAGCUGAGACUGAGAGUGGAGGAGCUGAAGAAAGAGCUGGGCCAGGCCGAGGACGAGCUCGAUGAAGCUCAUAACCAGACCAGGAAGCUCCAGAGGUCUCUGGAUGAGCAAGUGGAGCAGUCGGAGAACCUUCAAGUUCAACUAGAGCACCUCCAGUCUAGGCUGAGGCGUCAGCAGAACCCUGGCUUGUUUAGCAAGAUGAGAACCUCAUCUUCGGCGCGCUUUAGCCCUGAUGACCCUGAUGCGCCCCCCAGCGACCCUGACGAUGAGGAGGUGGAGCUGCAACUUCAGAUUCCCUGAACGCCAGCCCCUGCGAAUGUACAGCGCCCUCACCAGUCUCCGUCCUGCAUUUCAAACACUACUUUCAUUUCAGAACUGGGACCAAAAACAAGGCCAGCAUACAAAAACUAGAGGACUCAGAGGCUUUGAGGCGAACGGAUUCUGAUCUGAUGUGUCACCCUGUGGCUCCCUGACACACAGCGGCAGGUUCCCUAUUGCUACCUGUGCAGAACUUGAAAAAGGCUGUGGUUGGAGGGAGACGUGACGCUGGUGUCAAACACAUCCUGCUAUCCCAUUAUCUCCCCUAUUACUCCUUCUUCUGUUCUCCUGCAUGUGGGUUUGUAUGCUGCUCCAGUCCUGUCUAAUUCUGUUACUCCUAAACUUUCUGUUACCCUUCAGUUACGGUCUUCUCCCAUCCAGCCAUUUCCUCUUCUACUUUGCUCAGUCUUAUCUAUUUCUCGUUCCAUUUUCCACUUCUGUCAUCUCUCUAUCUCAAAUGCCCUCUUUCCUCCUCUUCCAUCUCAGAUUCCCUCUCUCAGCUGACAUUGUAUUUCCAGAACUACCCAUUCAGAACGUGGUGUUAAUCUAUCUUCCAUGCUUGGUGAGCACGAUGACCGAGCUGUGCUGCCGUCAAGGGCUGGAGAGUGGACUUGUGUGGACCUCUACUGUCCUGUAUAAAUGUUCUGAGGCUUUUUGUAGGUAAAACCACUUCCAUUGUCUUUGCCUUGGUGCCAGUGUAUUUGCGGUGGAUUGUGGGAGGGGGGAAUCAGAGAGAUUGGCAGAAUCCGUUUAAGCAAUAAGACCAUCUCCUGGAGAGACCUCAUCAGUUGGGACCAAACGGGGACGUUUUUACUGGUCAUAUUGAAAAAUAUUUA